AUGGCCCCCGAGAAGAAGCCGCCGCGGCAGGAUGAGGCCAAGUACUCGAGUAUCGGUGGGGAGGACCACGACGACAGGUCGAGCACAGAAGUUGAGUCCUUGAUGGAGCCAGAGAAGCAGUGGGAGCUCGAAGAGGCAAGCCGGAAUCCCAAGCGCAAAUCAAGGGUGGCCAGGGUGUGUGCCGUAUUCAACACAUGGCGAUGGCUCAUAGACACAACAUUACUGGUCACCAUUCUCGUGGUCGUGCUUCGCAUCCAGCGGUCUGCAGCGCCAGAAGAGGUGUAUGAGCUCGGCGGCGACAUCACAGGUUUCACUCCGAAAUUCUCACAAAAAAUCGUCAAGUUCGAGAUGGACUACGACUACGCGCCCAACAACAUUUCGGAAUUCUUCACCAACCCAGAGGUGCUGGACCGGUGGAACAAGCUGAUGCCCAAGGGCAUCGGCUUCCAGGAGGUGCAGGACCCGUCCAAGUACCACGACCUGCCGACGCCGGUCGUCUGGGACGAGGGCCACACCGUCUUCACCACCUCGUGGACGCACCAGCUGCACUGCCUGUGGGCCAUCAUCCAGACCUACGCCGGCCUCAAGUCCAACUUCACGCUGCCGCCGGACCACCACUGGCACAUGAUCCACUGCUUCAGCUACAUGCGCCAGGCCAUCAUCUGCAGCGCCGACACCGCGCUCGAGGGCAAGGAGACCACCUUCCCCGACGGGAACGGCGGCUCGGACGGCUGGGAUGCGCACCACGUGUGCAGAGACAUCGACCAAGUACGGAAACACAUGGAGAGUGUGAGGGCCUACGAUGCUCAGCAGAUCUACUGA